UUGCUGUUUCUUUAGCCACUGGUCUGCAGACGUUUUCUUCUUCUCCUUCUAACUUCCUCUCCUGUGACAAAAGAGAUAACUAUUAGACAAACAAAAGUCCAGAAUGCUAAGGUUGCAACUUUCACUUCCUCUCACCCUUUAGCCCAGAACUGCUUUGAAUGUACCAGUUGCUGUGGGGCACCGGCUUGAGGAAGAGAAGACACCAGUGCCUCAGAAACUGCCCGGUGAAACGGUGAUAGCGAGCCACGCGUUCACGGGGCCACUGUCGCUCACAGAAGUAGUGAGGAUGAUGCCAGGAUGACGUCUGCCUUGUGCCUGGCUGGGACUCUGAUCCCAGCCAUGGCCUUCCUCUCCUGCGUGAGACCAGAAAGCUGGGAGCCCUGCGUGGAGGUGGUUCCUAACAUUACUUAUCAAUGCAUGGAGCUGAAUUUCUACAAAAUCCCCGACAACAUCCCCUUCUCAACCAAGAACCUGGACCUGAGCUUUAAUCCCCUGAGGCAUUUAGGCAGCUAUAGCUUCCUCCGUUUUCCAGAACUGCAGGUGCUGGAUUUAUCCAGGUGUGAAAUCCAGACAAUUGAAGAUGGUGCAUAUCAGAGCCUAAGCCACCUCUCCACCUUAAUAUUGACAGGAAACCCCAUCCAGAGUUUAGCCCUGGGAGCCUUUUCUGGACUAUCAAGUUUACAGAAGCUGGUGGCUGUGGAGACAAAUCUAGCAUCUCUAGAGAACUUCCCCAUUGGACACAUCAAAACUUUGAAAGAACUUAAUGUGGCUCACAAUCUUAUCCAGUCUUUCAAAUUACCUGAGUAUUUUUCUAAUCUGACCAAUCUAGAGCACUUGGACCUUUCCAUUAACAAGAUUCAAAAUAUUUAUUGCAAAGACUUGCAGGUUCUACAUCAAAUGCCCCUACCCAAUCUCUCUUUAGACCUGUCCCUGAACCCUAUAAACUUUAUCCAACCAGGUGCAUUUAAAGAAAUUAGGCUUCAUAAGCUGACUUUGAGAAAUAAUUUUGAUGAUUUAAAUGUGAUGAAAACUUGUAUUCAAGGUCUGGCUGGUUUAGAAGUCCAUCGUUUGGUUCUGGGAGAAUUUAGAAAUGAAAGAAACUUGGAAGAGUUUGACAAAUCUGCUCUGGAGGGAUUGUGCAAUUUGACCAUUGAAGAAUUCCGAUUAACAUACUUAGACUACUACCUCAAUAAUAUUAUUGACUUAUUUAAUUGUUUGGCAAAUGUUUCUUCAUUUUCCCUGGUGAGUGUGAAUAUUAAAAGGGUAGAAGACUUUUCUUAUAAUUUCAGAUGGCAACAUUUAGAAUUAGUUAAGUGUAAAUUUGAACAGUUUCCCACAUUGGAACUCAAAUCUCUCAAAAGGCUUACUUUCACUGCCAACAAAGGUGGGAAUGCUUUUUCAGAAGUUAAUCUACCAAGCCUUGAGUUUCUAGAUCUCAGUAGAAAUGGCUUGAGUUUCAAAGGUUGCUGUUCUCAAAAUGAUUUUGGGACAACCAGCCUAAAGUAUUUAGAUCUGAGCUUCAAUGAUGUUAUUACCAUGAGUUCAAACUUCUUGGGCUUAGAACAACUAGAACAUCUGGAUUUCCAGCAUUCCAAUUUGAAACAGAUGAGUCAAUUUUCGGUAUUCCUAUCACUCAGAAACCUCAUUUACCUUGACAUUUCUCAUACUCACACCAGAGUUGCUUUCAAUGGCAUCUUCGAUGGCUUGCUCAGUCUCAGAGUCUUGAAAAUGGCUGGCAAUUCUUUCCAGGAAAACUUCCUUCCAGAUAUCUUCACAGAUCUGAAAAACUUGACCUUCCUGGACCUCUCUCAGUGUCAACUGGAGCAGUUGUCUCCAACAGCAUUUAACACACUCAACAAGCUUCAGGUACUAAAUAUGAGCCACAACAACUUCUUUUCAUUGGAUACGUUUCCUUAUAAGUGUCUGCGCUCUCUCCAGGUUCUUGAUUACAGUCUCAAUCACAUAAUGACUUCCAAAAACCAGGAACUACAUCAUUUUCCAAGUAGUCUAGCUUUCUUAAAUCUUACUCAGAAUGACUUUGCUUGUACUUGUGAACACCAGAGUUUCCUGCAGUGGAUUAAGAACCAGAGGCAGCUCUUGGUGGAAGUUGAACGAAUGGAAUGUGCAACACCUUCACAUAAACAGGGCAUGCCGGUGCUGAGUUUGAAUAUUACCUGUCAGAUGAAUAAGACCAUCAUUGGUGUGUCUGUGUUCAGUGUGCUUGUGGUAUCUGUUGUAGCAGUUCUGGUCUAUAAGUUCUAUUUUCACCUGAUGCUUCUUGCUGGCUGCAUAAAGUAUGGUAGAGGUGAAAACAUCUAUGAUGCCUUUGUUAUCUACUCAAGCCAGGAUGAGGACUGGGUAAGGAAUGAGCUAGUAAAGAAUUUAGAAGAAGGGGUGCCUCCCUUUCAGCUCUGCCUUCACUACAGAGACUUUAUUCCCGGUGUGGCCAUUGCUGCAAACAUCAUCCAUGAAGGUUUCCAUAAAAGCCGAAAGGUGAUUGUUGUGGUGUCCCAGCACUUCAUCCAGAGCCGCUGGUGUAUCUUUGAAUAUGAGAUUGCUCAGACCUGGCAGUUUCUGAGCAGUCGUGCAGGCAUAAUCUUCAUUGUCCUGCAGAAGGUGGAGAAGACCCUGCUCAGGCAGCAGGUGGAGCUGUACCGCCUUCUCAGCAGGAACACUUACCUGGAGUGGGAGGACAGUGUCCUGGGACAGCACAUCUUCUGGAGACGACUCAGAAAAGCCCUGUUGGAUGGCAGAUCGUGGAAUCCAGGAACAGUGGGUACAGGAUGCAAUUAGCAAGAAGCAACAACUAUCUGAAGAGGAAAAAUAAAAAACUCCUGAGGCAUUUCUUGUCCAGCUGGGCCCAACACUCGUUCAGUUAAUAAGUAUUAAAUGCUGCCACAUGCCAGGCCUUAUGCUAAGGGCGAGUCAUUCCAUGGUGCACAAGAUAUGUGGGGUUGCUAAUCUCAAGGAGCUUCCAGUGCAGAGGGAAUACAUGCUAGAUUAAAAUACAGAGCCUUCCAGGUGGGCAUUUCAACCAACUCAGCCAAGGAACCUAUGACAGAGAAAGUCAUUUCAACUCUUACCUCAUUACGUUGAAUAAAGACAGAGAAAGCAGAAAGAGACAUUGUUCUUCUCCUGAGUCUUUUGAGUGGAAAUUAUAUCAUGUAUUAUGUUAUAGCCAUCAUAAAACCAUUUUGGUAGUUUUGACUGAACUGGGUGUUCACUUUUUCCUUUUUGAUUGAAUACAAUUUAAAUUCUGCUUGAUGACUUCAGUGGGCUCCUGAUGCAAGAUGCCCCUUCAAUUUUAAGUCAGUCUCCUUACAGAGGUUAAGGUCUAGUGGCUAAUUCCUAAGGAAACCUGAUUAACACAUGCCCACAACCAUCCUGGUCAUUCUCGAGCAUGUUCUGUUUUUUCACUAAUCACUCCUGAUAUAUUUUUAUUUUUAUAUAUGAAGUUUUCAUUUUUUUAUGUCUUGCCUAUAAGCCAAUAUCAUAAAUGAAGUUGUUCGAGACCUGCUUCAAAUAUCCACAUUUAUUUAACCACUAUUUUUCAAGGAAGUAUGUAAAGUACAUUCUGUACUUUGUCACUCGAUGUCAUUGCAAAGUUAUUGCCUACUAAGUUAUGACUGUCUGAAAGCAGCUUUGAAAUAAUUUGUUUAAAGGGGGCACUUUUUUUAACAGGGGAACAAAUUUUCUGCUUCCUGUUCUUAUCAUGGACAAUUUGGGUUAGAGGCAGGAAGGAAGUGGGAUGACCUCAGGAGGUCACUUUUUCUUGAUUCCAGAAACAUGGACUGAUAAACCUGGGGUGACCUCAUGAAAUGAGUUGCAGCAGAAGUCUAUGUUGUUUUAUCAGAGCAAGUGAUGUUUGAUGGAUCUCUGAAUCUCUGCAGAGAGACAUAGAGGGCUGGGAUCCCUCCUGUGUACCCUCUUCACUGCCAGGAGAACUACUUGUGAAGGAAUUCAAGGCAGGAAGUAUACAUUGCUGUUUCCUGUUGGGCAAUGCUUCCUGACUACAUUUUGGGAAGAGUGGAUGUUAUCAUUGAGAAAACAACGUGUCUGGAAUUAAUGGGAUUCGUAUAAAGAAGGUUCCCAGAAAACAAUGUUCAUCCAGCCUCCCCAGAAACAGAACAUUCAAGAAAAGGACAAUGAGGAUGUCAUCAGGGAAAUGAAAAUAAAAACCACAAUGAGAUAUCACCUUAUACUAGGUAGAGUGGCUACUAUAAAAGAAAAAAAAGAAGUGUCAUCAAGGAUAUAGAGAAACUGGAACCCUUCUACACUGUUGGAGGGAGUGGAAAAUGAUGUAGCCAUUGUGAAAAACAGUAUGGAGUUUUCUCAAAAAUUAAACAUAGAACUACUAUAUGAUCCAGCAAUCUCACUUCUGUAUAUAUACCCAAAAUAAUUGAAAUCAGAAUUUCAAGAAAAUAUUUACACUCCCAUGUUCAUUGCAGCACUGUUCACAAUCACUGUUUCCAAAGUUAUGGAAACAACCCAAAUUUCCAUUGAAAAAUAAAUGGACAAAGAAAAUAUGCAUACAUAUACAAUGGGAUAUUAUUCAGCCUAAAAAAGGGGGAAUCCUACGAUUUAUGACAACAUGAAUAAAACUGGAGGCCAUUAUGCUAUGUAAAAUAAGCAAGUAACAGAAAUACAAACACUACCUGAUUUCACUUAUAUGAGGUUCUAAAAUAGUCAAACUCAUAGAAGCAAGAAUAGGACAGUGGUUCCUAGGGAAAAGGAGGAAGGGAGAAAUGAAGAAAUAGGGAGUUGUCUAGUUGGUAUAAAAUUAUAGUAUGCAAGAUGAAUUAGCCCUAAAGAUCAGCUGUAUAGCAGAGUUCCUAUAAUUAACAAUAGUGUAUUAUGCACUUAACAUUUUGUUAAGAGGUUAGAUCUCAUGUUAAGUGUUCUUACCAUAUAUAUAUACACAAAGAAGCUUUUGGAGGUGAUGGAUAUAUUUAUUACCUUGAUUGUGGUGAUGGUUUCACAGGUAUGUGAAACUAUGUCUAAACUCAUCAAAUUAUGUACAUUAAAUAUAUGCAGUUUUAUAAUAUCAAUUAUAUCUGAAUGAAGUUAUAAAAAAGAAAAGACAACAAAAUUCAGUUGUCAAAACUGGAAAUAUGACCACACUCAGAAGUGUUUGUUACUGAGUGUUUCGGAGUGUGUUUGGUUUGAGCAGGUCUAGGGUGAUUGAGCAUCCCUGGGUGUGUUUCUAUGUCUCAUGUACUAGUGAAAGUAGAUGUGUGCAUUUGUGCACAUCUCCCUGUGUAUCCUUAUCAGGGCUGUAUGUAUUUGAAAGUGUGUGUCUCCAUGAUCAUAUCUGUAUAGUAGAGAGUGUGAUUCUAUUUCUUGAAGAAUACAUCCAUUUGAAGUGGAUGUCUAUGGCUGUUUGAGAUGGGUUCUCUACUCUUGUGCUUGUACAGCAGUCUCCCCUUAUCUCAUAUGCUUGGUGGAUAUGUUAUUAGACCCCAAGUGGGCCUCUGAGACCCCAGAUGGUACCAAACCUCAUAUAUGCAAUAUGUUUUCCUAUACACAAAUACCUAAGAUAAAGUUCAUUUUCUGAAUUAGGCACAGUAAGAGAUUAACAACAACUAAUAAUAAAAUUGAAUAGUUACAAUAAUAUAUUGUAAUAAAAGUUAUGUGAAUGUGAUCUCUUUCUUUCUCGCUGUCUCUCUCAAAAUAUCUUACUGUACUGUACUCACCUAUUUUCAGACGAUAACUGACCACAAAACCUGGGAAAGUGAAACUGUGGAUAAGUGAGGAACUAACAUACAUACAUGAUUGUUUGUCUAUAGAUGUAUGCAUCAAUUUCUUAGUAUGCUUGAAAAUGUGUGAUUUUGUGUAUAUCCAUGCUACAUGUAAGUGUGGUUCUAUUCAUAUUUGAAUACGAAUUCUGCAUAAAUGUGUUUAUUCAAGCAAAUGUACAAGGCUCUGAGAAGGAAGAUCAACAUACAACUUGGAGUAUUUCAGGGCUGAAAUAUCCAAGGCUGACAUUGGCCUUCUUCCUGUCAGUUCCCUCUCCCAGAUGGAAAUUCUAGAAAUGGCAGGUGAAGUGGACAAAAAGGGAAAGAAAUUAUAUGCAUAGAACAGAAGGAGAAGAAAGAGUAAAGUCAGGCCUCAGACAGCCUCUUUGUAGCUCUUUAAACCCUCUGGAUUUAAGAGGGAUGAAGGGUGGAAUAAGCAAAAAUUAAUGCCAAUUAUAAUGCUUUAAAUUUGUGUGAUCUCUUACAACUUGAAACAUAUUCACAAAACUAUAACCAUAUUUGAAUAUCUCAUUAGCUUAGUGAGGUAGCAAAUCAAUAAUUACUUUUUCCAUUUUAUUGAUGGGAAAGCUGAAGUUCGAUGAAGUACAUUUGUCAAUAGGCCACGGAGUAGGAAAGUGACAAAACCUGAGCCUGGGCCUCCAGGUCACUCAAGGACACUUUCUUUCUUCCACACCCAAUUGCUUCAUGCUUAAAGUUGGCAAAACAGGAAGUGAAACUCCUGCAGUUUUCCGUGUGGUUGACACUAGUCAAGGGUUUCUCAACUGAAGCCAUGAAUCAUUAAGCCAAUACAUAUGCAUAUAUGUUAUACACACCAAAUGAUUCAUUUAUAACCCUAUCUUUUCAUAAAGGACUUGAAGGAGCUUCAAACAAGGGAUACGUGAACAAUAGGGUGAAUCAAUAAUAAGUUGAAAAUCUGGACGUAGAACAAAAAGAGGAGAGAAAGACACCGAGAAUGAGCGUUAACACAGUGCUUUCCACUUUUCUGGUGUUUUGGGUAGUGUGGCUUUUGGAGAAAGUCAAAACUCAGAUUCACUACUUAUCAACUGUGUGCCUUGGCUCCACUUCUCUGAGUCUACUUAGCUCAAAUGUAAAAUGAGAAUAGAAAUAUGACUUUGUAACAUUUCUCUAAGGAUUGAAAAUCAUGUAUUAUGUUCAAUACAGGGACACUGUCCUUAUGGGUGAGUACUCCUCUAAGACUUUAUAAACAGGGCACUAGGAGAAGCACUGGGAGGUCUUCUCAGUAACAGCACUAAAGUAAUUGCUGCUUUUCCAGCCUGUGGAACCACAGAAGUGACUGUAAGUAAAAUUAAGCAUUUCUUUCUGAUUCGGUCUUGACUCAUGGGAUUGUCAGACCCCAGUCUUCUUCCGGACUCUAUAAACUUUUUAGAAAGCAUCAGCAGGCUCCUGGAGAGGCUUAAAUGAACUCACACAGUAUGUGACAAUGAACUCCCUGGAAGAGUGAAAACCAAAGUCUAAGCCAGUGUCUCCAUUUACUUGUGUGAUUGUGGGAAAGUCACUGAAGUGCUUUGAGGCUCAGGUCUUAAUACACGAAAUGGAGGUAAUAAUACCUUGUUGGCAGACCUCACUUGGUUGAAAUGAUAAUGUUGAUAGUUACAAUAGUUACAUUUAAUUGAUCGAUUGUUUUACGCAGGGGCUUUAUUUGUGCUAUCUCAUUUAGUUUGUCACGUCAAUGAAUUAGAAAGAUACUAAAGUAUUUCCAAUUUACAAAUGAGGAGUUUGAGUCUGGGAGCCAUUCUAUCAUGUGUCCACUGUCACCUGCUCAUUGGUGGCAGCACUGAGAUUAGGUUCUAAGUCCACUUCCCUGCAGAGGCAGGGCUUCUAAAUACUGUUCUAUGCCAAGAGCACCCUGCUCUCACAAAAUGCAUAAAACUUCCUAUCUCAUCAUUAUAAUUUUGACUGAUAUUAAGCAAAGAGAAGUAUUAUUAUUACUUGUUUUUAUUUAUAUUACAGCUGUAAGAGCCAGGAAAAAUAAAUCAAAGAGCUAUGUGAUUAAAGAUUUUUUAAGAGGGAACAAAUCAGGCCCACUAGAUGAUGGCCUUUCUUUGAAUAACAUGCCUAGGCUUGCUCUAUCAUGUCUAUAGUUGGUCUGACUUCCUGAUGGGCAUCACAGACUUGUGAUUACACACAGAGGUUAUGGGGGAAGUUCCAAAAGCUUAGGACUUUCCCCAGAUGGUUGGAAUAAGAUCACACACUCUGGCUGCCCCUAUGGAGAUCACCGAACUUUUCAACUCAAAGUAAAAUCUGUGGAGUAAAUGGUUGAUCAAAAGGAACCAACGAUAUUGAGCACCAUGCAUGAUCAUCUGAUUGUUACUGCUACCUCGUGAGUUAAAGGCUACUCUUCUCAUUUUAGAAAUGAGAAAAGAGAUGCCCAGAGAGGACGAGUAACUUGCCAUAGGUCACACAGCUUAUAUUAAUCACGAUAACAUUUGCCACACUUUCUGUAUUUUUUUUUUUAAGUUUCUAAGCCUUUAGUGCAUGCCUGGUACCAUUUUAGUUUACUUCAUUUAAUUGUUAAAAUGACCUUCUGAUGCAGGUAUUUGUAGCUUUGCCAUUCCGCAGAUGAAGAAACUGAGAUGAAAGAAUUGACUUGUUCAUUUGGAAGGAGCAGAAUCAGGAUAUGAACUUGGGUUGGCCUGAUUCUUGGGGCUGCAUUCUUUCCAUAACUUAAUUGCUUGCUGUGAUGUCCUGGGCUACUCUGCCAGGGGUGGUUAGUGGAGUGAAUGGAGAAUAAUUUAGACAAGGUCAGUAACUCCCAUGCCAUCUAGAAAUUAAAAGUUUAAAAGGCAGAGUCUGCAACUCUCCUUGAUUUCUACAGAAAUAAAGAUGAUCCCUCCUGUGACAGUGCUAAGUGACAAUUCUGAGUGUAAAUGCGCUUUUUGGCACAAAUUGUCGUGUCCUAAUAGUCUUGAUUAUAAUUAUAAAAUAAUGGGUUUCUGAAAGGCUGCAAGCAGUUCUGGGAAUGGCAAUAAGGGUUUAGAAA